AUGGGCUGCAGCUCCUCUGCCGGUCGAGGCACCAAUGCUCAACACGACGUCUGCGUGACCUGCGCCUCGCCGGUGCUGGCGCCCGAGGACUUCGCGCCUUUCUUCGGAGAUUGGAUCAUGAAGGCCUGUGCAGAGAUGAAGCUGAGCUGUAUCUCCUCUCGCCCACAGCUGGGGCCGGAGCUGCCGAAGGCGGGCUCGCGCUUGGAGAGGCAACUGAGGGCGGCGAUUUUGAACAGCAAAGUCGCAGUUUGUAUCCUCAACAUGACCAAAGGCUGCGAGAUGCCGCCCCCCGGCAUCAAGGCCGAGGUCACUUGGGCAUCCCAACGGAACAUACCAGUGGUCCCCUUCUACGAUGCCGACCGCUAUGACUGGAAGGAGGCGGCCACGUGGAAGGUGGAGAUACCCAUCUGCUUCCGCUGGGGCUUGGGCCCGGUUCGCUACAAGCGACAAGCGCACGAGGAGGCCAAGGAACAGCUGCGCGCAGCGCUGCGAGCAGCAAUGAAGGACCUGGAAUUCCGGGGCUCUACGCAGGAACAGGAACAGAAGGAGCAGCAACGUCUGCAGCAGGUGGCACAAAGCCUCGGCGGCGGCGCUGAGGGCGGCGGCGAGUUCAGCCGCGCCGAGCUGCGGCUCCGCGAGGCGCGGCACAGCUCCAGCGCCUCGCAGGAAGCGGCGGCCCGACGAGCGGCACUGGUGGCGGAGGAGGCGGACUUGGAGGAUGUGGCAUUGGGGCUGGACCGGAGCGACUUCGAGCGCGCCGGGCUGGUGCCGCAACGCCUGGAGCGCACCAACUCCAUGCGGGACAUCAACCUGGACAGCGCGCUGGCGAUUCUGGCACGCGGGGCCGCGCAAACGCGCGAUCCUUUGGCUGCACGCGAGGGCGGUUGCCAGCUACAGUUGAUCUCCGAGGACGUGAAUCAAGAACUGCUUCAAGGUGGCGACCCCAAGCACCGGAUCCUGGCGCCGGUGAAGGGCAUCCUGAGAAAGGCCAAGGGCGUCGCGGCCGGAGGCGCCGGAGGUCUCCCCAGCGGCACGGUGAAGCAGCUCCGUUUGAGCCCCGAGGCCUUGGAGCAGCGACGGUUUCGCUUCAGCGUUCAACUGCUGCAGAAUCACUUGGACCAGUUGCAGACAGAUGAUGUCCAUGAGCUCAUCACGGUGCUGAAGUGCCUCCAGGGUGGUGAACAACCCUUGGUGCUGCGCUCGCUGAGGCUCCUGAAAGCUUUCCUGGAAGCACAUGUCGUCCUUCAUGAUCGUGCCCUGCAGCAGGGCCUGAUUGAAUCCGUUGUUGAUGUGAUGCGGCAGCAGGCGGAGGUGGACGUGCUCACCUUGGGCGUGGCCUGUUUGAGCGCAGUCCUGCGCGGCGCGGCGCAGCGGGGGAUGCUCGGCCCAGAGGCCUUGAACUUCUGCGGGCGCAGCGAGGUACCUCCACUGGCGCAGGAGGAUCUGGUCACGAGCAUCUCCAAGAGCGGCGGCGUUCCUGCCAUCCUUGACGGCAUGCGGCGCUUCCCCGCCUGUGAGGGCCUGGUGGAGAAGGGUUGUCUCUGCGUGGUGCUCUUAACUUCGGGCACCGAGGACAACAAGGCAGACGCCGGGCAGGGGCACCGUGUUCGAACCGUGCGAACGGUGCGAACCGUGCGAAACCCAGCGAAAAACCUUUGA